AUGAUGGAAGUUUCUGGAUCAUCAAAACAAAGAAUAAAUGGAACAAAGCAAAUGACAAAGCCCGAAUACUCAAUUUAUCCAUGGGACAAGCGAUAUGAUUGGUGUUCUAACUAUGGAAAGUCUUAUGACGAGCACCCAUAUAUCACAUAUUAUCUCAAGUCGAAGAAAAUGAAAUUUAAUGGCUAUUUCGUUCGUUGUGGAUGCUGUUACGAAGGGUGCUGCUGUGAUGAUGAGAAUAAUGGGUAUUGCUUUGACUGCUGCUUGUACUCCUGGUCACUUCUAAUCUCAGAUGACAAUAAGACAUGGACUGAAGUUCACAGAGUUGAUAAAGAUAACACAAUGAAGUUUUGCAAUGAAAAAACAUACAAUUUAGAUAAGACUUACACUGCGAAAUACGUAAAAAUUAUUCAAAAUGAACAUUGUCCAGGAUUUCCACCUUGCAUCUCCAUUAACAAGUUUGAAUUAUACGGAGAUAUCAUUCAUGAUGAUGGAAUGAUCAAUGAAGAAGAAUUUGUUUCAUUCCACGAUGUUGACGAAGAUGUAAGUAUAAUUGGUCACAUUUCGAGGAACUCCAAGAUCUGA